UUCGUUGCCACCUCGGCUACCGCGGCUACCAUCGCUGUCGUCGGCGCUCUGUGUGGCUCGCUGAUUUGCCCUAUUCGCCACAGAUAUUUAACAUCCUGUUCCGUUUGAUCUGGCAUUCAGUUGUUGCAUACUCGUCAGCGUAUUCACAUUAGCGCUGCCAAAAAAGCGGGCGGACAAAAAAUUUUAAAUAAAAUCUAAUGUGGCAAAAGAAAAAGCAACAUUGUUAAAAAGUCAACCAAACGGUUUUGAGUUUCGAAAUUUUUGAAUUUGAAUUUUGCUUUAAAGAGAGAUAAAAAGUCAAAUUUAAUCAAAUUACUGUAGUUUUGUGUAUGUGCAAAAAAAAAGUUAAUAACUUGAGUAAAGUCAAAAUUGUGAAGAAUUCAAAACUGAGCUUUUUUUACAUAUUUUAAGUGCGCACAAUAAAACUGUAAAAAAAUUCUCGAAGACUUCCGCAGUUUGUUCUCAGCUUUCUCCACUCUUCUCAUCAAAAUUUGCAUCAUUCUCCACUUGUGUUACGUAAAACUUUAAAUGGCCGUGCAAGAACUGAAAUGUCUCACUGGGCGUUGUUGUAAGUUGUUGCUUUUAUUUCUACUUUGCAACGCCAUUGCAGCAACAAAUGGUACCGGAAGCGAGGCGUCGACGCAUGAGAGCCAUAAUUACCCGACGACCAUAAACGAGCGGACGAGACGUGAUGUUUCAGCGUCGGCCGACAGCACUACCACGCUCCAACCGUUGGCCUACAACAAUGGUAACCUCAAUGCGGCUGAUAAUAAGGACAAACAUAAUUUGCCAUUUAAUGUUGUUGGCAAUCCACUGCGUACCUUAAACAUUGUCAAGCGCACACCAAGCGGCUUUAUUGGAAUGCGCGGUAAAAAGGAAUACGAAUACACCGAUUACAGUAAUGCCAACAAUCUGGCAAUGGAUGAUGAUCGUACAGCCGAUUGGGACAUCGAUCCCAUACAACGAGUUGCCUACGAAAAUGAGCUAAAUGGCGUUUACGGUCACUUGUUGGGUUUGGAAUCACGGUUCAAGAAAGCACCCAGUACAUUCUAUGGCGUUCGGGGUAAAAAGUACAGUGACAACGAUGUAAAUCGUGUUAAUUCGUUAAUACGGCGUUUAGAAGAGGACCGUUUGCGUCAAGAGUUGACGCAGAAUUUCCUCAGAGAAUUAGUAAAUCGGCAAACAACAGCACAGAAUGAUGUCACAAAGCGUGCACCAACCGGUUUCACAGGAAUGCGCGGUAAGCGACCAUCGGUGAUGGACUAUUUGUAUUACGACGAAGAUGGCAUGUUGACAGCGCCCUUUGUGGAGGAGAAGCGCGGUCCAGUCAAUGCAUUUAUGGGUGUGCGUGGCAAGAAGGAUGCGGAUCAUCAGACGUUCAAGAGAUCUCCAUUAGAGUCUGGCAACCGGCGCAGCAAGUCUCAACGUUUUGUUGACUUCAACAACAAAUUCGUGGCGGUGCGAGGCAAGAAGGACGAUACCAACGAUGACAGCAGCAACACUUUCACCGAUGAGAUACAUCAGGGGUACAACGUCAACAAUAUGCCGCUACUGGCGCUGCACAGCAUACGCGGCAAACGAGCUGUAGCCACGCCAGCGGAAACGGAACACGCGACAUACAAAUUAGGUAUGUACGAACGAACACAUGCAAUGCAUGCUGUUGCAAGCAAAAGUAGUUACAGUGAGCCAUUGUGAAGGACACUUCGUGUCGAAGUAAAGAAAAAAGAAUAAAUGUCUUCCGGAUUUAUGCAUAUAAUGAGCAAAUACUACACUCUUCCAGCAACAAUAACGACAACGUCAACGCUAGAAAGCUUAAAAUAGUAUACAGACCUGUAUUUGUGAGUCCUGCUGCAGAUUUCUUUAGAAAUGGGUAGACAGUCUUUGGCAAUAAUAAAAAACAAAGACGUUUAGCUAAGUACAUGCAUUUAGAAAUCCGCGCAAAGAUGCCAUGCGUUACAUGGCAUGAAAACUGAAUAAGAGUGGCAGUGCUGAAGUGUGCUCACUUCAGCCUCUUCUUGAAUGUGCGAGCCAGUCGUUGUUUCAAGUGGCGCUUAACCUUUUUCAUGGAUUCGUUAGAGUGUCGCACUCGGUCGAUUGUCACUAGCGACUUAUUUUCUUGAACUGUAAUGUUUGAAUUAUAAUCGCGAAGUAGCCAGCAAGAAUUUAAAAAUAUUUUUAUAAUUAAGUUCAACUGGUUUUUCAAGAGUAUCAUAGAUUUUUCUGGUUCAUAGUUGUGUGCGAAAAUGUAUUUUGUUGAAUAGUUCUUUGAAAAAAUUGCAAACAAUAUCCUCUGAAAAACUUAGUUCGAAAACCAUAGACACGAAACAUUUGCUCGCUAAGGAAGGAAAAGGAAGGAAGGGAGUAGCGUUUUUCACUGUUCCUGCUAUUAAAAGUUGAGCCCGUGGUAAAAACGCAGUUAUCAGCCAUCUUUGUUUGUUUUCAUUUGAACAAUGUUGCCAUUGCUCAAUACGCAUAGUAUAUAGUUUUGUACACAUCUAUGUUUUCAAUUACAAUUUUUUAUAAUAUAAAAUAUCAAAACUGAAAACGAACUUAAAAAUAUUUUAUCUUAAUAUAUAAAAAUCACGUGUCACAUUGUUUGUUUGCGAUGGACUCUUAAACUACUGAACCGAUUUUAAUGAAAUUUUUAACACUGUGUGCAGUUUGGUCCAACUUGAAAGAUAGGAUAGUUUAUAACUCUCCUUAUAGUCGCAUUAUUUAUUUAUUGCAAAUUAUUUGUUUAUUAUUAGCAAAGAGCUAUCCACCAGUUGGUGGCGCUAAGAGCGGUAUUGAGUGCGGUAUGUUACAGUAGAUGGCGCUACAAACAUUAAA